AUGGAGGUGUUUGGUGAGGCGGCGCCGUACCUGCGCAGGCCGGAGAAGGAGAGAAUAGAAGCCCAGAACCAGCCGUUCGAUGCCAAGACCUACUGCUUCGUGGCUGACCCCGAGGUGGAGUACACCAAAGGGAAGAUCAAGACUGCGCAGGAUGGGAAGAUAACUGUGGAGACAGAGGAUGGCAGAACAGUUGCUGUCAAACCUGAUGAUGUAUAUGCCAUGAACCCACCUAAGUUUGACAGAAUUGAGGAUGUGGCCAUGUUGACCCACCUGCAUGAACCUGCCGUCCUCUACAACCUCAAAGACCGCUACAGCUCCUGGAUGAUAUAUACCUACUCGGGUCUCUUCUGUGUCACCGUCAACCCCUACAAGUGGCUGCCGGUGUACAACCCGGAGGUGGUGUUGGCCUACCGAGGCAAGAAGCGCCAGGAGGCCCCUCCACACAUCUUCUCCAUCUCUGACAACGCCUAUCAGUUCAUGCUGACUGAUCGUGAAAACCAGUCUAUCCUAAUCACCGGAGAGUCCGGCGCAGGGAAGACUGUGAACACAAAGCGUGUCAUCCAGUACUUUGCAACAAUUGCAGCCAGCGGGGACCUGGCCAAGAAGAAGGAGUCCUGGGUGAAGGGUACACUUGAGGAUCAAAUCAUCAGCACGAACCCACUGCUGGAGGCUUUUGGGAAUGCCAAGACUGUGAGAAACGACAACUCCUCGCGCUUUGGUAAAUUCAUUCGUAUUCAUUUUGGUACCUCUGGAAAACUGGCCUCUGGUGACAUUGAGACCUACUUGCUGGAAAAGUCAAGAGUCACUUUCCAGCUGAAGGCUGAGAGAAGCUACCACAUCUUCUACCAGAUCCUCUCAAAUAAGAAGCCUGAACUGCUUGAGAUGCUCCUCAUCACAACCAACCCAUAUGAUUACCCCUUCAUCAGCCAAGGGGAGAUUUCUGUGGCCAGCAUUGAUGACCAGGAGGAGCUUGUUGCCACAGAUGCAGCCAUUGACAUUUUGGGCUUCAGCCCCAGUGAGAGAAUGGGGAUUUACAAACUGACAGGGACAAUCCUGCACUAUGGGAAGAUGAAGUUCAAGCAGAGACCACGUGAGGAGCAGGCAGAGCCGGAUGGCACAGAAGAGGCUGACAAAGCAGCAUACCUGAUGGGCCUGAACUCAGCAGACUUGCUGAAGGCUUUGUGCUACCCCCGGGUGAAAGUGGGAAAUGAGUAUGUCAUGAAGGGCCAAACAGUGGAUCAGGUGCACCAGGCAGUGAAUGCCAUUUCUAAGUCAGUUUAUGAAAAACUCUUCUUGUGGAUGGUGGUGCGCAUCAACCAACAACUGGAUACAAAGCUGCCAAGACAGCACUUCAUCGGGGUCUUAGACAUUGCUGGCUUUGAGAUUUUUGAGUUCAACAGCCUGGAGCAACUGUGCAUCAACUUCACCAAUGAGAAACUGCAACAGUUCUUCAACCACCACAUGUUCGUGCUGGAGCAGGAGGAGUACAAGAAGGAAGGAAUUGAAUGGGAGUUCAUUGACUUUGGAAUGGACCUGGCUGCCUGCAUUGAGCUUAUAGAAAAGCCCAUGGGCAUCUUCUCCAUCCUGGAAGAGGAGUGCAUGGUCCCCAAGGCAACUGACACCUCUUUCAAGAACAAGCUCUAUGACCAGCAUCUGGGCAAGUCCAACAACUUCCAGAAGCCCAAGCCUGGCAAAGGCAAGGCUGAGGCCCACUUCUCCCUGGUGCACUAUGCUGGCACAGUGGACUACAACAUCACUGGGUGGCUGGAGAAAAAUAAGGAUCCCUUGAAUGAAACUGUUGUGGGGCUGUAUCAGAAAUCAUCUAUGAAAAUCUUAUGCAAUCUUUAUGCCAGCUUUGUUGGACUGUCAUCUCAUUUUCCAGCUGAAGGUGGUGGUAUUAAGAAGAAAGGAACCAAGAAAAAGGGCUCUGCCUUCCAAACUCUCUCUGUACUCUUUCGGGAAAAUCUAAAUAAGCUGAUGUCCAACUUGCGAACAACUCAUCCUCAUUUUGUGCGUUGUAUCAUUCCCAAUGAAACAAAGACCCCAGGCCUGAUGGAUCACAAACUUGUUCUGCACCAGCUGAGAUGUAAUGGUGUUCUGGAAGGCAUUCGAAUCUGCAGGAAGGGAUUUCCAAACAAGAUACUAUAUGGGGAUUUUACACAAAGAUACCGCCUUCUGAAUGCUGGUGUCAUUCCAGAAGGACAGUUUAUUGACAGCAAGAAGGCAUGUGAAAAGUUGCUGUCUUCCAUUGAGAUAGAUCAUACUCAGUACAAAUUUGGACACACUAAGGUGUUCUUCAAGGCAGGUUUGCUAGGUGUCCUGGAAGAGAUGCGAGAUGAUUGCUUAGGACAACUGAUCAUGCAGACACAGGCUUUAUGCAGGGGAUACCUCAGGAGACUUGAAUUGAAAAGAAUGUUUGACCGAAGGGAGUCCAUCUUCUGCAUUCAGUACAACAUCCGUGCAUUCAUGAAUGUCAAGCAUUGGCCCUGGAUGAAAUUGUACUUCAAGAUAAAACCCCUCUUAAAAAGUGUGGGAACUGAGAAAGAAAUGGCCAUGUUGAAGAAAGAGUUUGAGCAAACAAAAGAAGAACUGGCUAAAUCAGAAACCAAGAGGAAAGAACUGGAAAAAAAAAUGGUGAUUCUAGUGCGAGAGAAGAAGGACCUGCAGCUGCAAGUACAGACUGAAAAUGAAAAUUUGGCUGAUGCUGAAGAAAGAUGUGACCAGCUGAUCAAAGCAAAAUUCCAUCUGGAAGCAAGAAUAAAGGACAUAAUGGAAAAACUGGAAGAUGAAGAGGAGAUAAAUGCUGAUCUGGCAGCCAGAAAAAGGAAAGUGGAAGAUGAAUGUUCUGAGCUGAAGAAGGAUAUUGAUGACAUUGAGCUAACAUUGGCCAAGGCUGAAAAGGUGAAACAUGCUACAGAAAACAAGGUUAAAAAUCUGACUGAAGAAGUGACAAGUUUGAAUAAGACUAUUAUGAAGUUGGUCAAGGAGAAGAAGGCACUACAGGAAGCCCACCAGCAGACACUGGAUGACCUGCAAAUUGAGGAGGACAAAGUUAAUACCCUCACCAAAGUCAGGAUCAAGCUGGAGCAAGAAGUGAGCCAUGUUGAAGGAUCUUUAGAGCAGGAAAGAAAAGUUUGUAUGGAUCUUGAACGAGCAAAGAGAAAGCUUGAGGGAGACUUGAAACUUGCCCAGGAAACCAUAGUGGAUCUGGGGAAUGAUAAACAACAUUUAGAUGAAAAAUUAAGGAAGAAGGACUUUGAAUUUAACCAGAUGCAAAAUAAAACUGAGGAACAGCAGAAUUCAGGUAUUCAAUUGCAGAAGAAGAUCAGAGAAUUGCAGGCCCGUGUUGCAGAACUGGAAGAGGAGACUAUGAGUGAGAAAGCAGUGCGGGCGAAAGCAGAGAAGCAUUGUGAUGAGCUGGCUCGUGACCUCAAGGGAAUCAGUGAAAGACUUGAAGAGACUGGAGGAGCCACCACUGCUGGAAGCGAACUUAACAAGAAGCGUGAGGCAGAAUUUCAGAAGCUGCGCCGUGACCUGGAGGAGGCCACGCUGCAGCACAAGGCCACGGCUGCCGCCCUGCGGAAGAAGCAUGCGGACAGCACCGCGGAGCUUGGGGAGCAGAUCGACAACCUGCAACGGGUGAAGCAGAAGCUGGAGAAGGAGAAGAGUGAGCUGAAGAUGGAGAUUGACGAUCUGGCCAGGAGUACAGAGACCAUUACUAAGUCCAAGGCUAAUCUGGAAAAGAUGUACCACACCCUGGAAGACCAGAUGAGAGAUAUGAAAGCCAAAUUUGAGGAAAGACAGAGAAGUAUGAAUGAGAUGGAGAUGCAAAAAGCCCAGCUCCAGGCAGAAUCAGGUGAACUAAGCCGUCAACUUGAAGAGAAAGAAACCAUAAUGUUGCAAGUGUCCAGAAGCAAGCAGGCAAUUACACAGCAAAUAGAAGAACUUAAAAGGCAGCUGGACGAAGAGAUCAAGGCCAAGAACACCCUGACCCAUGCCUUGCAGUCUGCUCGCCACGAC